GCAUUAGCAUAGCAAACGCAUAAAAAACAACAUAACAAACGUGUUACGCGCUAAUUAACGGUUAUCUGGGUCUAAUUACACUUGUAUUGCUUAACACAAUUUUCCCCCCAGACGCAAUAUUGCCUGUUUGUAGACCUUUUAUUUUUUUUAUUCAUUGCUCACUAACGUUAGCUGGCUUCGUUCUGAUCCAUAGUACUGUUAGAGGGCGUCCGCUACGCAUCCCUCCAUGAAGCGCUGCGAUGCCCUCUGAUUUUAUAUCCCUCCUCAGCGCUGAUCUCGACCUUAAUUCCCCCAAAUCCCUUUACUCCAAAGAGUCUGUGUAUGACCUCCUCCCUAAGGAGCUCCAGCUGCAGUCGUCCUCCUCGCAGACAGACACACCCACCAUGAGCCAGAAGAGUGGGGGAGAGGCCGGACCGCCCCCUUCUGCAGCCAUGGCCUCAGCCACCUCACCCAGCCCUUCUCCAUCCUCUUUGGCCACGGGAGGCCCCAGCUCGGCCCCCUCUACCUCAGCCAUGGACCAGUCCCAGCCUCCUCUCCUCCUCCACCAUCCCAGUGGGGCCCCCAGAGAGGGGUCCGGAGCCCCAGAAGGAUCCGAGAGGGAAGGGGUGGAGGGAGCUCUGUCUGCCUCUGAAGGUGGAGGCGGCAAUGGGACCAGCUCUGGAACAGGAGGAGGAGACCCAGGAGCACCAGGGGCAGGGGGGGUGGGAUCCCAGCAGCAGCCCCAGAACACCCCCUCUAAGCGGAGGCCAGUGUUGAGCAUCUCCCCCCCUCCGGAAGACCUGUUUGAUGACAGCAGUAUGUCCUGCCAGGAGGAUCCAGCCCCGGCCGGGCCAGCAGGACCAGACUCAGAACACAGCAGCAGCAUCUGGGCUGACGACUCGGCCUCCAACUUCAGUCUGAUCAGCUCCAGCUCCUACAACGACAACACAGAGGUGCCCCGCAAGUCCCGUAAACGCACCCCCCGCCAGCGGCCCGGGGCCAAGCCUGCACCCCCAGAGGACAGCAUGGACGUGUUUGAUGCAGACAGCGCCACGGCCCCACACUUUGUUCUGUCUCAGCUGGGCCCAGACAAGGCCAGCCCCAAGCCCAGUUCUCUGGAGGCUGGGUGGCUGCUGAAGGGAGGCCUGCUGUCAGGUCAGUGUCCCCAGAAGAGUGAGGGCAAGGAGCUGAAGAUCCUGGUGCAGCCAGAGACCCAGCACCGGGCCCGCUACCUGACCGAGGGCAGCCGCGGCUCUGUCAAAGACCGCACCCAACAGGGCUUCCCCACGGUCAAGUUAGAGGGCGUCAGUGAGCCGGUGGUGCUGCAGGUGUUUGUGGCCAGUGACACAGGCAGAGUGAAACCUCAUGGGUUCUACCAGGCCUGCAGGGUGACAGGACGCAACACCACGGCCUGCAAGGAGGUGGACAUCGAGGGAACCACCGUCAUAGAGGUCCCUCUGGAGCCCAGCAGCGCCAUGUCACUUGCGGUUGACUGUGUGGGGAUCCUGAAGCUGCGUAACGCGGACGUGGAGGCUCGUAUAGGAGUGGCCGGGUCCAAGAAGAAGAGCACCCGGGCCAGGCUGGCAUUCAGGGUCAACAUCCCCCAGCCUGAUGGGUCUGUCUUAACCCUACAGACCACCUCGUCACCUAUCCUCUGCACCCAGCCAGCAGGGGUGCCAGAGAUCCUGAAGAAGAGUCUCCACAGCUGUUCAGUGAGAGGAGGAGAGGAGCUGUUCAUCAUAGGGAAGAACUUCCUCAAAGGAACCAAGGUCAUCUUCCAGGAGAACUCAGCAGAUGAUGAGUCGUGGCGGGCCGAGGCAGAGAUUGACAUGGAGCUGUUCCAUCAGAACCAUGUGGUGGUGAAGGUUCCGCCAUACCACAGCCUGUCUGUCUCCUCUCCUGUCUCUGUGGGCGUCUACAUCACGACCAAUGCCGGGAGGUCACAUGACAUCCAGCCCUUCAUGUAUAUCCCAGACUCAGCAGAUAAGUCCCUGAACAUGUCUGUGAAGACAGAGGGUUCUUCUCUGGCCAAGGCCUGCAUCUUCCAUGACCAGAUCAAUUAUCUGGCCUCUGAUCCUGCCCAGUCUGCUGGCGAACUGGUUAAACGACAGGAGGUCACCCCUAUGGAGGUCUCCAGCAAUACCCCAUCCACAGCACUCUUCAAGCCACCCUCUGACACCCUUAUCUUAGUCCAGCAGACCCUUGAGCUGAGCUCCAGUACCCCGCCUAGGAAUGAGUCCUUCCCCGGCCCCAUGCCCCUCCAGCCUGGGGACAUGGACCUCCCCCAUGCCCCUGUCUUUCCCUCCCUGGAGCCCUUCAGCACCAUCCAGAAGCAGGACAUCACCCCCAUCACCUCCUUCCCCGUCUCCAGUGACACUACCACCCUCCCCCCUGUCCCCCCAGAGGUACCCCAGCAGUUCCUCCGGGACCCCCAGGAGAGCCUGCCUCAAGAGGCCUCCAACUCCUGCAGCGGGAUGAUGGUAGUAGGAAUGUCCCAGAUGGCGCCCCCCUCCCAGGCCCCCCAAGUUCCCCUGUUUCCCCAGGAUGGGGUGGCCCAGCUGGAGAGGGCAGUAAGGGAGCUCCAGGCAGGGGGCAGCAGCCUGGUACAGCAGGUCCUAGAGGCAGCAGUGGCUCAGCAGCAACUCAACUCAGUGUUGUACAGCCCCACGUCCUCCACUGACUCCCUGCAGCAAAACGUACAGGACACCAUGAACAGCCUGAGACUGGGGUGCACUGAGGGCUCUCUGGCCACACAACAGCAGUUGCAACAACAGCAGAUCCUUGGCAACAUGCAACAGAUACAGCAGCAACAACAGAUACAGCAGCAUCAAGUCCUUGGCAACAUACAGCUACAACCACAAUUAUUAAUACAGCCACAGGAUCAACAACUGCAACAGCAACAACAGAUACUGGGGAACCUACAACAGCAACAAUUACAACAUCAACAGUUUCAACAACAGCAGCAGCAGGUCCUAGGAAACAUACUGCUACCGGAUCAACAACUUCAGCAACAAGUACUGGGCAACCUACAACAACAAAACCAAGCAGUAGGCAGCAUGCAACACUUACAGCAACAACAACAGCAGCAGCAGGUGUUGGAGAACUUUCAGCAGCAGCUCCAGGCUGAGCUCCUCCAGCCCCAGAUCCACUCCUCGUCUCAUCCCCAGCAGCAGCCUGUGUCUCUCCUCCAGCAGGCUGGGGAGCUGCUCACCAUCCAGACCUCCAGCUUCCACCACCAGCCGCCCUCCCACACCUCCCCCCCCCAGCAGCUCCUCCAGUCCCCCAGGCCUCUGUCGGAAUCCCCCAGCCCGCAGCACCAGGUCCAGGCCGCCCUGCUCCAGAACACUCUCACUGUGCUGACCAGUGGUAGCCGAGAUCAUGAGCAGCAGGUCACGGGGUCCACGCUGUUCCUCUCUCCCAACACUCUCUCUAGCCACGGUAGUCAGCAGCAGCUAGCAUUCCUGUCCUCCAUGGAGACUUCAGCCAGUGAUCCCCAGACUGUGUCAGUGUUCCAGUCUCAGACCAGGCAGCAGCAGAGCACCCCCAUGGACCAACAGCAGUCCCCUCAGCAGACACAACCACAGCAAACCCAGCAGCAGCUUCCCAUGGCACAACAAGGCUCCUUGUUCCAAACUAACACUCUGUCCUCUAGCCAACACCCUCAACCCCAGCCCACAGACCUGCUCCUCUGCACUGCCUCCCUCAACCCCCAGGCUUUGCCUCCAACCCUCCUCUUCAGUACCCAGGGCCUCUCUAUGGGCAGCAGCACCCCUCACCCCCAGGACACCCCUGCUCCCCUCCUGUUCUCCCAGCCCACCAUGGUCGGGAUCAGGGUAGGGGUGGCCCAGUCUGACCCAGCAGAGCCCAUGUCCUUCCAGGACCAGAGCUCCACAGUAGGGGGGACCACAGCCUCCAUCAAUCCCCCUCAGCAGGGCCUGUUCCAGGCCCAGCAGCCUAUGCAGGUGAGCUCCAGCUCAGGCAGUUGCCCUGACAGCCAGCAGGUGGAGCUGUUCCUGCCACAGGGUUCUCUGUCUGGUCUGCAAAGCAACAUGGCUACGCAGGAACUAGAAAACCAGGCUGCAGCAGCUGCAACCAUCUUUGUGAUGCAGAGCGGACUGGGGGUGGUGGAGCUGCAGAGUACCGCCUCCCCCGGUCAGAGACCCCCAGAGCAGCUGUUCCAGACGGGAGUGAGUAGGAAUGUCGGCCAGCCAGGAGGACAACCCAACCUUUUUGUGUUCGGCCUCCAGAACGAUUCCUCCCAGCUGAUGACGUCCACUGGUUCAACACUGUCAGCCCAGAGCCAACCCCAGAACGCCAACCCUGUGCAGGCAAGCCACAUCCAGUCUCUACUGGACUCAGACAUGGCCCAGACAGCCACACCCAUGCAGACCAACCUACAGACCCCAAUGCAGACAAACGCACAUACUGCAAUGCAGACCAAUAUACAGACUGCCAUAGAACCUAGCCUGCCGACCCUUAUGCAGACCAGCUUACAGAACGCCAUACAGACCACCUCCCAGAAGAUGGAGGACCUGCUGGACAGUCUUCAGAAGCAGUGAUCAUUACUGGGACCACAGACACAUUGCUGGGGGUUCUUGUGACGUCUGCCCACUCUUAGACUGGGACAGGUUGUGUCUUCUGCUUACAGCACAACCCCCCCACAGAUGCAGAGAAUGGGAUAGAGUCUCACUAUGCUACGAGCCCCCUAGGCUAAGAACAUGUCAUGAUGUUUUUAAAGAUUUUUAUCAAAUGUACUCUUGUGCCCUUGGCUCAUAUUUUGAUGUGAUUGUACAUGCAUUCAUACAGACGGAUAGGCGCUGUGAUGAUGAGUUGGUUGAGUGACUGCACCUUUUGCUCAAUCAGAGGAAAGUAACUCCGGUAUCCAUCAGUCUAACUUAUACAGUGGUUCUUCUUUUUCAUGCUGUACUGUGUUAUUGAUGGCCUAAGAGUGGGGGGAGGGAGGGAGGAGAGAGGGAUACAGAAAGUUGGACCUAGAGAGAAAGACAGAAGAGAUUUUGAGGGAAAGGGGUGAAAGAAGGGCGGCCAGAGAAAGGUGUCUCGUCCUGUUCUUGUGUGUGAUUGCAAGGCUUCAGUCCGGUCACACAGCAGUCUGUGUCUAUCUGGUCACACAGCAGUCUGUGUCUAUCUGGUCACACAGCAGUCUGUGUGUAUCUGGUCACACAGCAGUCUGUGUGUAUCUGGUCACACAGCAGUCUGUGUGUAUCUGGUCACACAGCAGUCUGUGUGUAUCUGGUCACACAGCAGUCUGUGUGUAUCUGGUGUUGCUUUGACAUUUCAGUCUCCGUGUGGUCUCUUAUUGUUAUAAGUGGUUACAGAUGCUUUCCAUGUUUUUGAAGCAUUUGCAUAUGUCGUGCGACUUUCGUUUGGGGGGAUUUUAGAGUUGGACUUGGAAGUCUUUCCAGUUCAUUGUGAAUAGAAUGGUGGUUUUAAACAUUAAGCACUUUAUAAACUGUUUUGUGUGACCAGCAAAUCCUUAUAUCCAUCCAUAGGCUUUCUAUGGUUAGUCACAUUGUACUGGUUGAUGUCCAUUUUAAAAAAAUAAUACUUUUUUUAAGUUGUCAAGGUAUACAUUUAAACACAUUGACCAUGCAUUCAUACAUUUUUCAUUCACUAUAUUUUUGGAGUUAUAUAUGAGAUUGUUUGUGUCAAGUGUUCAUCUGAAGCCUAUUUAUACUGAGUGGUCCAUUCAGUGUCUCUGUCAAUACCGUCAUUCCCAUAGCGAGUAUACAUAGUUUGUUUUGGUGUCUCUGAUUGUAACUAGCUACUAUUCAUAGGCUUUCAUAUCUCUGGCACACACCAUUUUAUUUUGGUCUGAUACAUUGUGUGUGUACAUUUAUGCGUGUGUUAUUUUUAUGGAGAAUGUACAGCACAUUGCUAUCUGUAGCCUACUAUUUACCUUGUAUUUUACAAUCUGUGUAAGUUAACCACUGGUGUUUUACCUUGUCUUGUGUGUGUGUGGUUGUAGUUUUUGGUUGGUUUCUGGUUCAUGUACGGACAGAUGUUGAACCACUACUGUCAGCGUUCAGGGCAGAGCUGUGUGAAAUAGACACAGUACCUGUCCCGUGCAUUGUCACCAGGGACUCACUGCUACACAAAAACUGUGCUACAAUAGCCACACUACCAUACCACUUACUAUAAAGCUAUGUUUUGGGCAUGUACUCUGUGGUAUGCUAGUAUGGACAUUGGAAUGUGGCCUAAAAUCUGUUACUUUGGCUGCGUUUACACAGGCAGCCCAAUUCUAAUCUAUUUUUUUCAGUAAUUGGUCUUUUGAACAAUCAGAUCUGAAAAAGAUCUGAUGUGAGUGGAAAAAAUGUCAGAAUUUGAUGCGUGUGUAAACAUGAGAAUAGCCAUCUCUAUGGCAAGUUAUCUAUGGUGCUAUGUGCAGCAGUGAUGGACACUUCUAAUGUGAUGUUUAUACUUACAUUUAUACUCAUGUCACAUCAACAGUACUGAUAUUAAUAUUGUGGUAAAGUCUGAAUUGUGUUUCUGGAGUAAUUGCUGUGAGAGGGGAGUGUGUCCUGUUUUCAAACUUGUCAUAUUUGUUCCAUUUUUAAAAUAUCCUGAUGUUUGUUUACUCAUUUUAAAUCAUGCAGCUUUCAUGGAUAAUAUUAACAUUGUUUUUGUACAAAUUACAAACUUUAAAUAAUACAAAUAUUGUAUAGCACUGUACAUGUGGUAAGGUACUCUCCUCCCAAAAGUUUUGCCUCUGUCAUAUCCAUCCAAAUGAAUAUGCAUUUUAAACCAUGUUGCUCUACUUUGCUUUAGAUGCAAGCAGCCUAAUUCUGAGAUUUCCCCCCACUAAUUGGUCUUUUGACCAAUCAUUCCAGAUCUUUUCCAGAGCUAAUCUGAUUGGUCAAAAGACCAAUUACUGAAAAAAACAUCACAUGGGAUGCCUGUCUAUGUGCAGCCAUUGAGACAAACGGAUGAAACGAGAACCAUUUGGUUGUUGCUCAGAUUCCUACAUGCUCAUGUUUACAUUAUGUCUUGAAAAAGUAGGAUUACUCCAUUUAAAAAUGUCAUUUAGAAGGUUUCUUACCCAUGAGUCAGAUUACAUAGUAUUUUUAUAACAGAUGUUCAGUUUUAUAUACAUCCAGUAUAUAAUUUUUCAAACGUCGGACUGAAACCCAGUGUGCAGUUUGGGGGUGUGUAUACUACUAGAUCGCUUCAUGUAGAACGCGGGCCAAUAGUCACGAUUAUACUCUCAUUCUGUGCAAACCAUAUAAAUGGAAUAUAUGCAGGGGACACCAUUCUAAGCAUUGACUUAGAAUGAGUUGUAAUUGUGUAGUUCCAUAUGAGAUACAGCUUGUCAGAUGGUGGCACAUACUGAGACCACCCACAGAAAACGUCAACUAUUUUCAACCUCCCAUUUGGUUUCACCCAUUCAAAAUAUCAAUUAGGCCUAAACACAAUAGAUAAUCACCUCCAUUACUGAUGUCCAAGCGUUCCAUUCCAUUUUUAUUGGGGAUUUUCAAGAGCACAUGAUGCCUCACUAAGCCAUACAAACAGAAAAAGCCAACCUCUGAGUAUCUCCUCUGUGUGAUGAAUGUAACUUUAUAUUAUAUAUACUGUUUUCAGAGGAAAUAUGAGGUAGCCUAAUCUUGAAUGUUCAGUGCAUUGUACAUGUGUGUAAAUACAUUGUUUCGUGGUUCUGUCUGGUUUCAUGUUCCAAGGUCAAGUGCUCUUAUUUGGCUUGAUCGAUUGCUUAGUUUAACUGUUUGAAUGACUACAUAUUCAUUUGAAAAUACUAGUUGAAAAUGUUAACUUUAAGGUGGCAAAAUAUCACACAUGCUCUCCACACACAUUAAUAACCAUGUUGAAAUAUGAGAUGGGGGGUUAUCAGUUGUGAAUUUCUCAAGUGUGCCUUGACAAACCAUCAGUGUAGUACGUUUACCAGAUCCCCUUUGUCAUGACUGUUCAUGUCCCUUGUCUGAUGUCCCUAGAUGAUCUGACUUCUCAUACUUCAGUCUAGCCAGUGUCCGUGUUCUGCUUUUGGUUACAUGACCACCUCACGUGUUUUCAUUUCAUCCAUCCCUGGUUGCGGUUAUGUUGUAAGUCUAAAGUGUGAUCACUAACUCUAUAGUGGUUUCCAAUUCCAGUCCUCCAGUACCCCCCAACAGUCCACAUAUAUUGUAGCCCCAGACAAGCAGACCUGAAUCAGCUUGUCAGCUUAAUCAUCAGGCCCUCAAUGAGUUGAGUCCGGUGGUUUCUGUCCGGGGCUACAACAAAAAUGUGUGCUGUUUGGUACUCAAUGGCGAGUUGGGAACCACUGCUCAAGGACUUUGUUCAGCCUAACCCGUCGACUGUAUACCUGUGUGUGUGUGUCCCUACUUCAUGCCUGUUGAGAUUCAUAAUGGUGAGGUGAAAGGGAAAAGAGGUGGAGAUUGUUCUGAUCGGGUGUUGUGGAAUUCUCUCGUAACUGUGUGUUUGUCAGCAUAACUGUUGUUGCUGUGAAGAGCUUGACAUGAGAUGAAAAGGUGGUAAUAAAGACUCCUAUUGGAACAGUG